AUGGCCGGCGCCCCUUGGGAGGUGCUCGACGCCCUUUCAGAUGGGUCGCCGCCGCCGCCGGCGGCCGGUGCGGACAAGUACGCGCUGGACAACUUCCCCCUCGACGACAGCCUGAAGCGCCUCCUCAACGACCGCGGCAUCCAGAGUCUGUUCCCUAUCCAGGCGCUGGCGCUGCCGCCCGCCCUCGAGGGCAAGGACCUGGUGGGCCGGGCGCGCACGGGCUGCGGCAAGACGCUGGCGUUCACGCUGCCGAUCAUCCAGCAGUUCAUCGACAAGGGGGAGACGGGCGCGAAGAAGGCGUACGGCCGGCACCCGGCGGUGAUCGUGCUGGCCCCGACGCGGGAGCUGGCGAAGCAGGUGCACGAGGACUUCAACAUCAUGGGGCGGGCGGCGAACCUGGCCACGCUGUGCAUCUACGGCGGGGCGCCCAUCUCGCCGCAGGAGUCCGCGCUGCGGCGGGGCGUGGACGUGGUCGUGGGCACGCCGGGGCGCGUGAAGGACCACCUGGACCGGGGGUCCCUGGUGCUGGACAAGCUGCGCUUCCGCGUGCUGGACGAGUGCGACGAGAUGCUCAACAUGGGCUUCGCCGAAGACGUCGAGUACAUCCUGGCGCACCAGUCCGUCGACGCCGCCACCAGCGUGCAGACCAUGCUGUUCUCUGCAACCAUGCCCAGCUGGGUCAAGGAGAUGUCCAAGAAGUACUUGCAAGCGGGGAACCAGGAGUACGUCGACCUGGUCGGAGACCAGAAGAUGAAGGCCUCGACGUCCGUGCGGCACCUGCUGCUGCCGUGCCUGCGCACGCAGACGCCGUCGCUGGUCACGGACCUGGUGCGGUGUUACGGCUGUCAGGGUCGGACCAUCGUCUUCACGGACACGAAGAACGACGCCAACGACCUCGCCCAGCAGCUGAGCGAGACUGUCGGGGCCCGAGCUCUGCACGGCGACAUCGCCCAAGCGCAGAGAGAAGCGACACUGAAAGGGUUCAAGUCCGGAGUGUUCUCGGUGCUGGUCGCCACUGAUGUGGCUGCGAGGGGCCUCGACAUCACCGGCGUGGAGCUGGUCGUCCAGACAGCCCCCCCGAAGGACCACGAAACCUACAUCCACAGGAGUGGGCGCACGGGCCGCGCGAACUCCACAGGCAUAUCGAUCACGCUGGUGACACGGUCGCGCGAGGAGAACGUGGUGCGAAUCGAGAAGCGCGCUGGUCUCAAGUUCGAAAGAAUUGGCGCCCCACAGCCCGAAGACAUGGCCCAGAUCGCGGCGCAGCGCUCCGUGGAGGCAAUCGAGGCCGUCGACAAGGAGCUGAUCCCAAUGUUCAAGGGUGCUGCGGAGCGGCUGCUCUCUGACCUGAGUAUGGAGCCCGCCGAAGUGCUGGCACUGGCUCUCGCGAAAAUCACCGGACACACGGCGAUGAAGCGCAGGUCCCUGCUCACCUCGGCGGACGAAUAUACGACGGUGCAGUUCCGAUCGAAAUUCGUGAUGGAGCGCCCUGGUGCAUGCUUUGGGUUCUUGCGAAGGCGUCUCGGCGAGGAGUUCGGGGAAAAGAUGUGCUCGCAAAUCAAGCGGAUGAUGCUCACGAAAGAUGGCACGGGGGCCGUGUUCGACGUUCCCGUCGGUGAGUGCGGCUUGGACCGGCUGACUUGA